UUCUGUGCACUAAUAUUUCCCUAGAACAGAAGUACUCGUCAGAUCGUUGUCGUGGUAGUAUUAUAGUUUUCGAUCAAUUAAUUAUUACUAUUUAAAACGUGAAACUAUAAGUUUCUAGUCAAUAAUAAAUUACAAAACUAGUAAAAUUUAAUAGGAACUCGACUUUAACUGGAUUCGUUUUUAAUAUAAUCAAUUAUCUAUUCAUGAUAUACUUUAGUAUAUAUUCUCAAAUAAAAUGAGCGAAGAAACACCUAUUAUAAACGAAGACGAAAAGCCGGUGGUCCAAGAGAACGUCACCAGAAUAGUAUUUAUGAACAAGCCGCGCAAUGAUCCAUCACACUACGAUCAAGAAGCCACGUGCUCGUCGGACUCCUCGUCUGUGUGCAAUAUCAACAACGUCGUACUGCCAGUGAUUACGUACGAAUUUCAGCCACAACAGCAAAUCAUCGAGACGGGUGGCUUACAUUCGGCUACUGUGUUGUACCAUAACCCCGACGAACAGCCACAGUAUGUUUUGCCACCACCGCCACCGCCACCACCUACACAGACUUCGACUCUUACUUAUGUGAACUCUGAAAGCAAACCCUGUACUAGAUCGCGUUCUUACGAAUCUGAAAGAGAUUAUAAAAAAUCUGCCUGUGACAGAGAAAGAACUAGGAUGCGUGAUAUGAAUAAAGCGUUUGAUUUGCUACGAAAUCGGUUGCCUAAAAGCAAACCACCUGGUAAAAAACUAUCAAAAAUCGAAUCUUUGAGAAUGGCUAUUCGGUACAUAAGACAUUUACAAGCCAUACUUGAAUAUGGACCGGAGUACGAAACAAAGAUAUAUUCAGUCCCAUGCGCUCAAUAUUUGCCACCCCCUCCUUAUUAUGGAUACCAACCAACUUACAGUCAAUGGAGUGCUAGCGACUUCAACCCCAGCAUCCAUACCCCCAAUCAUCCAUACUAAAUUUAUUAACUCUAUCUAAAAUCAUAUAAUUAUUAAAUAGUAUUUUAAGUAUAGAUGAUUUAAAAUAAUUUAAUUGGCUAAGUGUUUUUUUAGUUAUAUUUUGAUUGUUAUAAUUGUAUUAAAAAUUGGUCUAUACUUCACACAUGACGUACAUAGAAAAAUCAUUUUUAAGACAGUUUUUGUAAAAGUAUUUUAUUAAAACUUUUUGAUAUACUAC